AUGAAUUUCGACAUCAACCCUGGGAAUAAUGCGCAAAGAAAUCAGCACGCUCAUUUGCCAUCGUAUGUCACUCGCUAUGGCUCUUUCUCAUACAGUUUCGACUCAGAUGAUCCUUUGGCCAGAGAUGCGCCAACAACAAGUAACAGUCAGAGCCCGGUUAAGCAACCAGGGUCUCUUACUCCAAGAGGCCGACCAAAUCUCGCUGUUGUUCUUAACAGAUCCCCUGCACAUCUCGACGCCUAUAUAGAUGUUAGUAUUGAGGAAGAUGAAGAGGAUGUUGAUGCGCAGGUUCAGUCAGAUCUCUCUCGACGGGGAAACCCGAGGACGUUAUUCAAACCAGUGAACGCUGUGCAGAAGUCAAUUACAAGCGGAGCACAAACGGGUGCUUCCAGCGACGCAACGUCCACAACACCAGCGCGAAGAAGAGGAAGGCCUAAGGGAUCGACCAACAAGCUUAAGGGCUUACCAUCAACAGCCGCAGCAUCGCGGCAGGCUCGACAAGUCAAGCCGCGGCCCCAUCCCGUCGGCUUUCCAAAACGAAGAGGCAGACCGCCAAAGCUUCCGUCGCCUCCUCCAGAAACCAUCUACUACAAUGUGGAUGCACCAUUCCUCCCGUUCCUGUGUGAGUGGAGGGACUGCAAGGCUGAAUUACACAACCUUGAUACAUUACGGCGCCACGUUUACAUAGUUCAUGGCGAGUCUAUUCGAUGUUUAUGGGGAAAGUGUGGACAUCGAGAGGAUUCUGCGGAGUUUGAGGAUGAUGAGGGGUUUAAAGAGCAUGUCGAAGAGGCGCAUCUAGUGCCGUUCUCAUGGCACGUCGGUGACGGGCCAAACAACUCUAAGGAUCGCAAUUCGCCGAAGAAAGACGUGGCGGAGGAGGAUGAGAUACCCGAUUACCUCAAGGAUGAGCAUGGCAACCAAGUUACACCUUCAAUACGAGAUCAGCAGGAGGAAGAUAUUUUCACAUGGAAGAAAAACCGCCGCAAGCUUAAGGAGUUGAUUGCUCGUAUGAACGACAACCUCCCCGAUGAGCCUGACGAGGGAGAGGGUAUUGAACGACAAGAUGUUUGA